AUGUCGAAUUUAACUAAAUUCAGAUUUCAAAGAGGUCAAUUUAAGGCAACCUUAACAAGAUUCAAAGGUUAUAUUAAUUCAAUUGAUUUAGACAAUAUAGACGAGAUAACAAUAACCCAACUGAAAGUAAGAUUAGACAAAAUUAAACCGAUUCUGAACGAAUUUUCAUCUGUGCAAGCUUCGAUCGAAUACGAAUUAAGUGGAUCAGAAAACCAAGAACAAGAGUUACAACAAGAGCUAAAUGAACUUAUAAAUUUUGAAAAAUCUUAUUUUGAAUUAAUUAGUUUCACUCAAAACCUUAUCAACAAUUCUGAAUUAAACGAUGGUGUAAGUUCAAUAUCAGCUAAUAAAAAUUCGGUCAAUAGUUCAGUACAAUCACAUUUUAAAUUACCUGACAUUAAAUUGCCAAUCUUCAGAGGUUCAUUCGAGACAUGGUUAGAAUUUAGAGAUACUUACUAUUCUUUAGUACAUCAUAAUGCCAAUAUUAGUAAUAUUCAAAAAUUUUAUUAUCUCAAAUCCUGUUUGGAAGGUGAGCCAUCGAAAUUGAUUAGCUCUGUAGAAGUGAGUGAAAGUAAUUAUACAGUUGCAUGGUCGUUAAUAAAAGAUAGAUACGAGAAUAAAAAAUUGAUUGUACACAAUUAUAUCAAAGGACUUUUUGACAGCCCAGUAGUUGUCAAGGAAUCGCACGCUGAAUUGCGCAAUCUGCACGAUAAUUUUGUAAAAAAUUUGAGAUCUUUGAAAGUAUCAGGUCAACCAACUGAUAGUUGGGAUGCUCUCUUAGUGUACAUGCUUUGUACUAAACUUGACAAUAUUACUAGACGAGAGUGGGAAUCGUAUAGGACAAAAGGCGAACUACCAACGGUAAACGAAUUAUUAGAAUUUCUUAAACAAAAAUGCGAAGUUUUAGAAAAAUUAGAGAUUACCAAGAACGAUGUUAAAACAAUAGAAAAACAAUUCUCUAAAUUUCCAUAUAAUAAAUCAAAUCGUACAGAAAAAACCCGGUCGUUCAAUACUACGACAGAAAGAAAAUUAACUUGCUAUUUUUGUAAAAAAGAACAUUCAAUUUAUCAAUGUGAAAAGUUUCGGGAAUUAGACAUUCCUGCGAGAAUUGAUCAGGUAAAAAUGCUGAAAUUAUGUACCAAUUGCUUCGAUCCCAAUCAUAUCAAUAACGAUUGCAAAAGAUCCAAUUGUAGAAUCUGCAAAAAACGUCAUAAUACUCUUUUACAUUUAAAUUCCAAGUCAGAUGCGAAAGAAAACGUAAACAACGCCAACUCGAAAGAAUCGACCAGCGGUACAUACAUGACGAGCACGCAAGAGGGUGAGGGUAUCGCGUACGACAGAGAUAGCAAUACGUCGGUACGUCGCAAUUCCGCAGGAGCCGAUAAGAUAGCGCGAUCCGCGAGUAGUAGGGCUUACAAUGUUGCCGGUAUUAACAAUUUGGAGGAUAAUUCACAGCCUUUACUGAGUACAGCGGUCAUUCGUGUUCACGGCAAGAAUAAUAGGUUCCUUUACGCAAGAGUAUUACUAGACGCAGGCAGUCAAAGCCAUUUCAUGUCGGAAAAAUUAGCGAAACAAUUAGAUUUAGACAAAAAACCAGUAAAUUAUUCAAUAGUAGGCGUAGGAGAGUCAAAGGUCCUAGCUGCUCAAUACAAGACUGACGUGAGGUUCAGUUCAAGAAUUAAUGAUUAUACUAAAAAUAUUUCGUGUCUCAUUAUUCCUAAAAUAGCACAAAAAUUACCAAAUGCGUCGUUUAAGGUUUCUCCGCGAUCAAGAAUAAACGAACUAACUCUAGCGGAUCCAAACUACAAUUUGCCUCAAGAUAUAGAUAUGCUGUUGGGAGUUAGUAUUUUUUAUGACAUUUUAAUCAUGGAACAAAGGAAAAAUAACAACAUGCCUAUAUUACAGAAUACACAGCUAGGAUGGGUUUUUGGAGGUAAUAUUCCGUCUGUAGAAUCAAAGACGAGCAAAACUAUUUCUUGCAUAACAAUUAACGAGUCUUUGGAAAAUGCUUUAACUAAAUUUUGGACAGUCGAAGAAUGCGACAACGAGAGAAUUCUUACUAAAGAUGAAAUUUUUUGUGAAGAACAUUUUUUGGAUAAUGUCAAGCGGACUCCAGAGGGUAGAUUCAUUGUGAAAUUUCCAUUUAAAGAAAAUGUAAUCAAGUUAGGACAUUCUGACGAGAUGGCAUUGAAUCGGUUUCAUGCAUUGGAGAGACGUCUAAACAGAGAUAAAGUUUUGAAAAAUGAUUAUUGUGACUUUAUGAAAGAAUACAUCGAACUAGGUCAUAUGCGCAAAUUGGAAGUUUUCGAUAUAAACAAGAAAUGUCUAGACGGCUACUUUCUUCCUCAUCACGCAGUAAUAAAAAACACAAGUAUAACCAUAAGAACUCGAAUUGUCUUCGACGCGUCAGCUAAAUCUGACAACGGUAUUUCGCUGAAUGAUGUUCAGUACGUCGGACCUACACUACAAGAUGAUCUUUUCUCCAUAUUAUUGAGAUUCAGACAACAUAAAUUUGUCUUAAAUGCUGAUAUUUCAAAAAUGUAUCGCCAAAUUCUUAUAGACCCUAGCGAGAGAAAAUAUUUAAGAAUUUUUUGGAGAGAUAAUGAUGGAGAACAGAUACAAUGCUACGAGCUGAACACCGUAACGUAUGGAACUUCAUCAGCACCAUACUUAGCUGUGCGUUGUCUUCGGCAAAUGGGUAUAGAGAAUAAUGAUGAAUACCCAAUCGCGAGCAAAGUAAUUUUAAAAGAUUUUUAUAUUGACGAUCUAUUAACAGGGUCAGACAGCCCUUCUGAAUUACGCGAAAUUCAAAGAGACGUUACGAAUAUAUUAAGGUCUGGAGGUUUUCAAUUGCGUAAAUGGUUAUGUAACAACAAGGAAUUAUUGAAAGAAAUUAAUGUUGAUGAAAAUUUAUCUUCAGGAAUUUUACAUUUAGGAAAAGAGGAAAACAAUAAAACUUUAGGUAUUUAUUGGAACGCAUUUAAUGAUAAUAUACAAUAUUCAAUUAAAGAUUUCGAAGUUGUAGAAAGGUUAUCGAAACGAAUCAUUUUGUCUAUGACAAGUCAAAUCUUCGAUCCUUUGGGAUUAGUUGGCCCUAUCGUAGUUAUAGCGAAAAUGUUUCUGCAACGUUUAUGGCAAGAAAAACUAGAUUGGGAUCAACAAGUGUCCAAUCAUCUUAGUGUCACUUGGAACGAUUUCUGUAAAGAAUUAUUACUAUUAAAUAAUCUUAAAAUUCCAAGAUAUGUUUGUUGCGAAAAUUAUACAAUUAUCGAAAUACACGGGUUUGCAGAUGCAUCCGAAAAGGCAUACGGUGCAUGUAUUUACAUUUCUUGUAAAGUACAAGAUAAGCCUUACAAGACUCAAUUACUAUGUUCCAAAUCCAGAGUUUGUCCGUUGAAACAAAUUUCACUGCCUCGCCUAGAAUUAUGCGCAGCCGAACUUUUAGCUAAAUUAAUGCGAAAGGUUGGAUAA